UGGGUCAUCAGGCAUUGGAUCGUCUGGCUCGACAGCGGCAUCGGGUCACCAGGCAUGACAGCGGGCACCGGGUCAUCAGGCAUUGGAUCGUCUGGCUCGACAGCGGGCAUCGGGUCACCAGGCAUGACAGCGGGCACUGGGUCAUCAGGCAUUGGAUCAUCUGGCUUGAUAGGAUCCUCAGUUUUAUCAGUUCAUCAGGCUGGGUACAGACAUCAGGCUGGGUAGAGACAUCAGGCUGAAGUGCGGGUGCCGAGGCACCAGGCUGAACCACGGAAGGCAGGUUCUCAGACGGCAGGCUCACCGGUUUGGAUACUGGCAGGAUGGUACUGGUUGGAAAGAAUUUUCGCUUUUUUCUGGUUUUAACUACUGAAGCACUGCAAGUAAACACAGGUCUGCAAAUGAAUGGAGCAGCUGA